ACACUUUGCUUUAGGUUGCUAUUAAAACCGUUGUGAUCUUUCUGUUACCACUUUACACCCUAAAUACAAUGCUUUUAAAAACCCAAUAUUAAAUAGUGAAACUAAAAGCUUAGGGAGUUUAUCUGUUUUAUUGCAAUAAAUCUUCUGAACUCUAUAUGGUGCAUUCUAUUGUGUUUGAAGUUUACAUAUUGGAUUUCGCUCUUGACAAUUAUUUAUUGCUUCAACAAUGGAAUUGGGUUCAAAUAGCAUAACUAAUGAACAAGAACAAAAAUUGCAAGCUAGUAAAGAACAAAAUAUGGAGGAGAGGGGAUUUAGUGAGAAAAUUAAGCCAACAUCUGUGCACAGGUCUUCAUCAGCAAGGUCAAUUCAUUCGGCUCGAUCAAAUGGGACUACGCUUGAUGACUUUGAGGUUAUUUCUACCAUUGGCACAGGCUCUUACGGAACAUGCAAGAAAAUAAAGAGGAAAAAAGAUGGCAAGGUCUUGGUGUGGAAAGAGCUUGACUAUGGAGCAAUGUCAGAGACGGAGAAACAGAUGCUUGUUUCUGAGGUCAACCUUUUACGAGAGUUGAAGAGCCCGUACAUUGUAAAGUACUAUGAUCGUAUAAUUGAUCGUGCCAGAACAACCAUUUACAUCAUAAUGGAAUACUGUAAAGGAGGGGAUCUGGCCACAAUCAUCUCCAGGAACAAAAAAGACAGCGUAUACCUUGAUGAGGACUUUAUCUGGAAGAUACUCAUCCAGCUGACGCAGGCGUUACAAGAAUGUCAUCAGAGAAAGAACGGUCGGGCUGUACUCCACCGUGACAUGAAACCUGCCAACGUCUUCUUGGACAUGGAUAAAAAUGUUAAGCUUGGUGACUUUGGCCUAGCCAGGGUGUUGCAUCAUGAGACAAGCUUCGCUAACACUUAUGUGGGAACACCUUAUUACAUGAGCCCUGAGUUGGUCAACAAUAUGUCUUACAAUGAGAAGAGUGAUAUCUGGUCGAUGGGGUGUGUUUUGUACGAGCUGUGUGCCCUGCACCCUCCAUUUGUCGCAUCCAGUCAGACAGAACUGAACCGAAAGAUAAGGUUGGGAGAUUUUGACAGGAUUCCAAAGCGGUAUUCGGAGGAUCUCAACACAAUCAUCUCAAAAAUGCUGCAUAUCGAGGUGACAAAGAGACCCAGUAUAGAAGAACUCCUAGCUGAUCCUAUAGUGGUAGGGCGUCGAGCCAAGAUGGACCGAGCGGUGUCAACUCAGCUAAAGGGGUCUGGUGACUGUAAAGUGUGGGCAAAUGAGCUAAGGGCACUCGAACAUGACCUUGAAGACAAGAAAAGAGAACUUGAAAGAAAAGAGCGCGAGUUGAGCUUGCGAGAAAAGAUGAUUGAAGACAAAGAGCGAGGUGCGUCAGUGAGAGAGAAAUUAGCAGAGGAGAAGUAUUCAAGAGCGGAGGCCUUGUUGUUGGAAUAUGAGCGUAAAAUGCGGUUAGACACAGACAAGUUGUUACGAGGGGACUCAGCAGCCUCAGAUUUAUCUGGAGAAGGAAUAUCUUCGUGUCUUACAAAGAAAAAGGAAGGGGAUACUCCAAAAAAGAAAGUUUCCUUUGACAUGUACGGAAAAGAAAAUCAACGAUUGAGGGACCGAUAUCACGAUCCCUUGUCAAAAUAUUCUGAAUACGACAGCUCUUACAUACAGGAUUUGCUAAAAAGACAUGAGCUAAAAGACAGACUUUACCAACAUAGGGGAAAAGAUGUUCGCAGAAGUGAUGAUCGAGGGAGUAGGUCACGAAAUCUACUUCUGUUUAGAUAGUGUAGUAAUUGCAUUCCUUUGUUUGUAAAUCUUUCACAGUAAUCAUUCCUGUGGAAAAAAUUAUUGUUCUUAAAAGUAGACCAAAGCAUUAUUUAUAAAAAAUAUAUAGAAAAACACAAAUUAUUUUGUGUUGGAAAUGGAAUCAUGAUUGUUAUUUAUAACUUUAUGCUAAUAGAUGUAUAAAUUUAGCAUUUGUGAUGCUUGCAGGCUGUCCAGCAUUCCUGUUUUCCUACUAUUUGUUAAAAUCUCCCAUUAUUCCUUAUUUAUGUGCAAAAUGCCAAUUGAUAUAAAUACAUAUAUAUACUAGUUUUUGUGUCGCCUGAAAAGAUGACAUAUAGGUGUUACUUUUGUCGGCGGCGGCGGCCCAUUUUCGCUUGUCCAGGUAUAUCUCCUAAACUAUUAGUGGUAUCAACUUGAAAUUUCAUAUGUAGAUAGAUCUAAUUGAGGGCAAGUGCAGUGCACGAGAACUGUUACUCUUGCUUCCAUAUUUUUAGAGUUAUUGCCCUUUGUUAUUUUUCAUGCUUAAAGUUUUGUCCGGGGCAUAUCUUGUAGAAUAUAAGAGUUAUCAAGUUGAAACUUCAUAUGUAGAUAGAUCUAAUGGAGGCCAAGUGCAGUGCACAAUAACAGUAACUCUUGCUUUCUUAGUUUUAAAGUUAUUGCCCUUGUUAAUUUUCAUGCUUAAAGUUUUGUCCGGGGCAUAUCUUGAAGAAUAUAAGAGGUAUCAACUUGAAACUUAGCUAGAUAGAUCUCAUUGAGGGCAAGUGCAGUGCACAAGAACCGUUACUCUUGCUGCCAUAUUUUUAGAGUUAUUGCCCUUAUGUUAAUUUUCUUGCUUAGGUUUUGUCCGUGGCAUAUCUCGUUAACUAUAGGUGGUAUCAACUGAAACUUAUUCCGUAGGUAUAUCUGAUUGAGGGAAAGGGCAGUGCACAAAAACCGUAACUCUUGCAUCUAUAUGUGUAGAGUUAUUGCCCUUUGUUAAUUUUCAUGCUUAAAGUUUUGUCCGGGGCAUAUCUUGAAGAAUAUAAGAGGUAUCAACUUGAAACUUCAUAGCUAGAUAGAUCUCAUUGAGGGCAAGUGCAGUGCACAAGAACCGUAACUCUUGCUGGCAUAUUUUUAGAGUUAUUGCCCUUUGUUAGUUUUGUCCGGGGCAUAUCUUGAAGAAUAUAAGAGGUAUCAACUUGAAACUUCAUAGCUAGAUAGAUCUCAUUGAGGACAAGUGCAGUGCACAAGAACCGUUACUCUUGCUGGCAUAUUUUUAGAGUUAUUGCCCUUUGUUAAUUUUCUUGCUUAGGUUUUGUCUGUGGCAUAUCUCGUAAACUAUCAAAUGCCACCUACACUUGAAAGUUAAAUGGCAACAUCAUUGUCUAUAAAUGAAUAAAAUGCCAAUCUAACAGCUAUAAUGUCGACAGUAAAUAAUUCGUCAGGCGACACAUCCGACUCGCGGAGUUCUAGUUAUCUUUAUUCCUUAAUUUUGUACAAUAUUGACUUUGCAAGUCCAAAGCUAUGCAUACAAGUUAAUUUAAACAUUAGCAACCAGAAAUUGCAUGGCAUGAUUACUACUAACUUUUCAACCCCUUUUCAACUUUCAACCAGUUUCAUCACUUAUUUCAUAAGAUACGUGUAUAAGUGUUUGUCAAGAUAGAAAAUUACUGUAAAAUUAUCUUUAACUGUUGUACAAAAUGUUUUUAUUCCUACCUUUCCAUGGAACAUUGCUGGAGAGCCUGUACUUGUUAAGUUUUGAAUAUUUCAGAAUGCAAUAUAAAGGUUUAACAAAAAUUAUUUUAUUUAUACUAUUAAAGUACAAAAUGUAGAUUGGUAUGCAUAUAUUCCAUGAUUUGUUGCUUAUGGCCAUCUGUCUCUGUGCCUUUGGUUUACUGUGAUAUCUGCUGGUUGUGAUGUUAUGUGUAUAUGUAUCGGUAAGCAUUGAUUACAAGGACCUUUAUUAAGUUAAUGGGAAGUCACUUAGUAUUCCUAACCUUACACCUUUGGUCAAAUUUUAGCAGCAGGGUAUUAUUUUUUGUUAUUUAAGCAUUCCAUGGUAUUCAGCUGUGUUAUAAUUUAUAAUAUAAUGGCAUAUUAUCCGUCCAAGUUAUGUUACACUAUUUAUUAAAGAAAUACCCAUGAUACUUUCUGUAUGCAUUAAUCUUGUAUAUUUGUUCGAUUCUGUUUAUAUGCUGUUUGUCAGCUGUGAGGCAAUACUUAAAAAAAUUGCAGUUACUCGACUGUCUCUGUAAAAUCAGCCUCCUCAAAAAAUGGCAGUCUGCAGUGUAAAUUUUGGUUCUGUCUUUUUCCAGAGGUUCUUUAGAGGCCAGAAAGUGCAUACUACAUGAAAAAAAGAUAUUAAAACACAAUCAAAUCUACCUUCCCACUGAAGUUGUAGGUAGAGUAACCGCAUGAUCAAAUAUUUGUGACCUUACAGUUCAUAAGUUAUUGAAUUUGAUACAUUGACAUUAUCUUAUUUUCAUUUUCAAUGGCCAUUUCAACAUUAUUUGUUUUGAUGAGGUGCAUUCAACAUCAUUAAAUAGUUGUAUUGUAGGACCAGUGUGUCACUAUUCUCUCUAUUGCCUUAAUAUUUGUGUUUGUCAAUAUAUCUGUGAUGUGUGUGUGUUGUCUUUACACUGACCUGUGAUCUCGUGCCUCGAGUCCUGGAUGAUUUUUAAAAUCACAUACAUAUAUGUUGUUGUACAUUUAGGAUAUUGUAUUUUGGAAAUGGAUAUUUUGCUACAUUUUUGCUAAUAAAUAGAAUUCAAGUCUUUUAUAGUUUUUCACAAUACAUUUUUUUUCACCUCCUUGUGUGCACACAUUUAUUUCACCUUGGCAUAUAAUGGUUGAGGGUAUACUCAUUUCUCUAAAUAAUAAAAUAAGUAAUUAGAAAUGUUUCCUCUCACUUUAUGAUAUGAUCACAUUUUUUCAUGCAUUUAUCCAGUAUGAAUGCAGUGGGGCACUCGACUAAUUCUAUGAAGCACACUAGUGCUUCUAGGUAAUUGCUCGCUUGCCAUAAUGUGUUCAUACAGCAUAAACACAUUUUUUUCCACUAUAUACAAAUCUUCUGCAAUUGAGUAUUUAUUCUGACAAAAAUGUAACCAAUUUAUGUUUGUAUACAGGACAGCUGAUAUUUAUCAUUGGUUCAACAACAUCGUGUUUAUCCAAUUGCAGCACAAUAUUGAAAUAAACAAUUCAGUCAUAUGACUCUUUGUGUGUUAUACAAUAUGAACGUCAAUUUCUAUCUAUACAAAUAUGAACGUCAAGUUCUAUCUAUACAAAGCACUAGGUGAAUGUAAAUAAUCUGGACUUUAACACACAGAAUGUCUCUCAUACUUUUGUGUAUGCUUUAAUCAACUUUUAACCAUGCUCCCAACUUUUCAUAUUGUUUGAAAAAAAUCAAUGUGAAGGUCAUACUCUGUGGUCCAUUUUCAGGGUU